AUGGCGGUGGGCUCCUCAGAGAAGGACAAAAAAAAGGAACUCCCCAGGUACGUAGCCAGAAUCUCACUUCUAAGGCCGAAAAUCCACCCCUGGAUUUGUGGUGAAGGAUUCUUCAGUCUCCCCCAAGAGUACAAAGAGCAAUAUGCCAAUUACUUUGCUGGCGGCGUCUUCGAAGGGUAUGGUACCAAGCUUGCGAAGAAUCCAGACCAGAAACUGAAGUGGAUCGACUACUUCUUCCAUUUCAUGUGGCCAACAUCGAGAGUCAAUUACGACAAAUGGCCCAAAAGCCCCCCGAAUUACAGGGAAGUGACAGAGGAGUACGGGGAAGAAAUGAAAAGGGUUGCGGAGGGGGUUCUGGAGGCUCUGUCAGUGGGGUUGGGACUGGAAGCAGGGGCUUUGAAAGAAGCAUUGGGUGGUGAGGUGAUGUCCUUGGAGACGAAGAUAAACCUGUACCCCCCAUGCCCUUGUUGUGCACGUGGGAGACCAGAUUGAGGUGUUGAGCAAUAGAUGAUACAAAAGCGUUCUCCACAGGAGCUUGGUGAGCAACGACGAAACACGUAUGUCAUGGGCAGUGUUUUUCGUGCCUCUACCAGACAAAAUCAUUGGGCCUCUUCCCCACCUCUUAAACGAGACUAAUCCCCCAUUGUUUUCAACUAAAACCUUCAAGGGCUUCCAGCAUCGUAAGAUCAACAAGCUUCCUCAAUAAGAGCGCGCUCUCUUCUUGUGUUUGCUACGGGACCAAUAAUUAUCCCAUUAUGGUUUGACGCUUGGGAUCCUUUCUCAGUAUUGCUUUUGUAGGACUUUUAUAAAAACACCGAUAUAGUUGUUGGGUGUCUUAAGGGUUGAGAAAUAAAUAUUGAUAUUAG